AUGGCUCCCGAGGUGAUCCUCAAGCAUCAAUUCGGCGCCGGCCUGGUCCAGAGAUGCGUGGUGGUGCAGAAGGACCAGCUGGGUUUCGGCUUCACCGUGUGCGGAGAGCGGGUGAAGCUGGUUCAGAAUGUGCGAGCAGGCGGCGCUGCCGUCAAGGCCGGAGUCCGGGAAGGAGACCGAAUCAUAAAGGUGAACGGGUCGCUCGUGUCCUCCAUGUCCCAUCAGGAGGUGGUUAAGCUCAUCAAAUCCGGAACCUAUGUCGCGCUCACCCUCCAAGGACCGCCCCCUUCGCCGUCAUCCUCGCCCGCCGAUCCCGCCCAGAGACCGCUUCCCGCCGGGGAGACUGCACCCGCGCCGCCUUCGCCGUCAGGACCGAGCGGCAGCCCCUCCCAGAGAAUCACGGGACCCAAACCACUCCGGGACUCGGAGGUGCAGAAGCACGCCUCUCAGAUUCUCAGGAAGAUGCUGCAGCAGGAAGAAAUGGAGCUGCAGGCCUUAAUGGAGGAGCGGGGGCGGAACCCGUCGCCGUCUCUGGAAGAGCGAAUCGAAAGCGCCAAGAGGCGAGCUCAUCAAGUGCGCCUCAAGCUGCUGCCGGACGCGGGGGGGACGCGGUCGGAAAGCCUCGCUGGCGCCGUCACGGGGGUUGAAGGACACUCGGCGGCCGACUCGAGCGAGGGCGACGCGGAGGCCUUUGAGAGUCCCCGCUCGUCCCCCUCGCUUUCCUUCCGGAGCCUUCAAGACCGACAGCGGAGCUCCGACACGCAGCCCUCCUCGGAUUGGAGCGGCAGUGCUCGCAUCAUCGGGCCCGAGGACGAGGACGCUUACGCCUUCGAUGAGAUGGACGGCCCCUUCCGGGACGUGGAGCUGCUCAAGUCGCGGCCCGCCCACAUGACCAUCUUCCUGAGAUACGUCUUCACGCAGCUUCUGGACCCCAACCCGCUGCUUUUCUACCUGUCGGCGGAGGCCUACCUGAGCGCCGCACCCAAAGACGCCCGCUCCCUGGCACCGCAGAUCUACUCCCAUUUCCUCCAUCCGGACGCCCCCUUGAAGCUCCAAGUACCAGAAGACGACCUCGCGGACAUCGAGAGCCGCUUCCACGCCCAGGAGGACAUCCGCCGGCCGCUGUCGGAGCUGCAGCGGCGGGUGCUGCCCCACGUCCAGGACCAACUUGUGGACUACAUACGUCAGGCACUUCUGUUUUCCCCCCCCCAAUAAGAAAGGCUUCUCAUCGUCCGCCUUUGCCGCAGGUGCAAGCACGAAGAGGACAGAAGCUCCCCGCUGGCGGCGGCCGUGCUUCUUUACCUCCGACAUGCCGGCGUCAAGCCGCGGGACUCCAAGGCCUUCCCCGGUUUGAGCACCGACAAGGAAAAGUGGCUGACCUUUCUCAAGGCCAAAAAGCCGAGCGGCGCCAAGAAGGACAAAGAGGCCGAGGACAGAAAGAGGAAUCCCAUCCUGAAGUACAUCGGCAAACCUCGGAGCGCAUCUCAGUCCACUUUCCACGUCCCGUCGUCCCCCGCCCAAGUGCGUCCAGGAAGCGUCAGGAACAUCAUCGAGCGCUUCGAGAGCCACUCGGAGGACGGCGGCGACCCGCGGACGACCUCGUCGGAAGACGGCGCCGACAGGUGGGAUGCUUGCAGCCCCGGCGCCUCGCUGCGGCUGGCGCGCAGCGAGUCUUUGAAGGCUCAGGGGGAAGGGCGGCGGCGCGGCGCGGCUUCGUGCGGCCGCUCCGUUCCCCGCUCUCGCAGCGACGUGGACAUGGAGGACCCCGCUGAGGAGAGGGAAAGGCCGGCCUUCGGAUCCCGGCGCGGCGCCGCCAGGUCUCCGGAGAAGCCCACGCCGCCGCACACGCCGCGCUCCAUCCGCAGGAGCGCGGAGUCGCCGCCGACCCUGCCGCCGGACACCGACGCCCUCGAGGAGGAGGAGGAGGAGGAGGCGCGCGAGGCCCCCCACUGGCAGGAGACGUUGCCGCCGCAGCUCUUGGCCGCGCUGGGCCCCAGGGAGGCGGAGCGCCAGGCGGUCAUCUACGAGCUCUUCACAACCGAGGCGUCGCACCUCCGCACGCUCCGAGUCCUGGACCAGGUCUUCUUCCAGAAGAUGAGAGCCGUGCUCAGCGCCGACGAGCUGGCCUGCAUCUUUCCCAACCUGCCGCAGGUCUACGAGCUGCACGCCAGUCUGUGCGAGGCCAUGAAGAAGCGGCGAGAGUCUGGCAUCGUUCGAGACAUCGGUGAUGUCAUGUUGGCAAGGUUCGACGGCGCCGCCGGCGAGGAGUUUGAGCAGCAGGCGUCGCAGUUGUGCAGGCAGCAGUCUCGGGCGCUGGAGCUGAUCAAGAGCAAACAGCGCAAAGAGCCUCGCUUCGCCCACGUGGUGCAGGAGUGCGAGGCCAGUCGCCGCUGUCGCCGCCUGCAGCUUCGAGACCUGCUGGUGUCCGAAAUGCAGAGGUUGACCAAGUACCCGCUUCUUCUGGACAACAUCAUCAAGCACAGCGAGGUGUCCUCGUCCGACCUUCCCGCCCUGCGGCGGGCUCAGGCCUGUUGCCGUGGAAUCUUGCAAGCGGUCAAUGAGGUGGUCAGGGAGACGGAACACCACCACCACCUGAGCAAGUACCAACGCAGACUGGACGUCGCGCCGCAGUUCAAGGGUCUGGACCUGAGCACCAAGAAGAUGAUCCACGAGGGCCCGCUGGUCUGGAAAGUCAGCAAGGACAAGCAGUUGGACAUCCAGGCGCUGCUGCUGUCCGACUGCCUGCUGCUGCUGCAGCGCGGCCCCGACGAGCGCCUGUCGCUGCGUCACCCGUCCCGCUGGCCGGGCGCCGGCGGCGACAGCCCGCUGGUCCGCCUGGACUCGCUGCUGGUGCGCCCGGUCGCCACAGACAACAAAGCGCUCUACGUCAUCAGCACCAAAGAAACGCAGAUCUACGAGCUGGUGGCGGGGACCGCGUCGGAGAAAAACACCUGGAAGGACUUUCUGGAAAAGACCAUCGCUUCUGCCGCCGGCCCGCCGCCGGCCGAUCGCGUCUCGGCAGCCGCGGCCAGCCCCGGUCUUGGCGGCGCGUCCCCGGUCGAAGCUGCCGAUGACGCCUGCGCAGGUACGCGCCGCUCCGCCCGUUGCCUGUUUCAAGCCGCGGCGCGCGCUAACCGUCGCGACCGAGCCGGAGGGCCGCCGCGCCAUCGAGUGCGCGCAGCCGGCGUGGCCCAGGCGGCGCUGCGGGACGUGGAAACGCUGCGUGGACUCCUCCUCGCCGUCGCACGCGAGGACGUCCGUAGCCGCGCCUUGCAAGACUCGCCCGAUGAAAGCCCGCGCCAUCCGAGGGAGGCGGCGCCGCGCGGCGGCGCUCAGGUCCCACCGCAAGGAAACGUCUUCCGCUUGGUGACGCCGGGCGAGAGCGCCACCGACCCGACCCACGAAGUGACGGAUCUCGGGCAGGAGGGGGAGCCGUCGGAGCGCCGGGAAGAGGAGGCGCCGUGGCGCGUGGUCAACAAUGUGGAGGGGGUCUUCCGCACCAUCGAGGACCUGACGAGCAAGCUGCGUCAGCUCAAGGACAUGGAGGGCGAGCAUCGCAAACUGCUGACGUCGCUGCGAGAGCCGUCGGCCCCUCGAGAGGAGGAAGACCGCGGCUGGGCGGACGGCAAGGAAGCAAGUCCGGCCCAGCCCAGGAUUCAAACCACUGGACUGUGAGAGCCACUGGAAGCACCCCAAGGGCGACCUCCAAUCACCCAGCACUUUAGCCUCAACGCACCCCCCCUCCCCGCCAACCCCCUUUUUCUUUUCUUCCCACCAUGAACCGAUUGACUGUGUUUAGCAUGUCUUAGGCCGGUGGUUCUCCGGACUCCCAUCGGUCAGCGGGCAACAAGUCGGUGUCGUUAAAAAAAGUGCAUACCUACUUGACAUACAAGGACGUGAAAUCCACAUGUGAAAGCCUUCAUUCCUCCUGACAGAAGCAAAUUGCUGCCGCGGCAGGAAAAGACAAACAAAGAAAUGCAACGGCGUGCUCAAUUUGACAUGAGCACCUUCAAACAUGCCAAGUUUGAUUCUGGAAUCGUUUUGAUGUCUUUCAAA